CGAACUCGGUAGUAGACAUGGCGGGUAUCAACCUGGCUAAAUGACGAAAUAAAUUUUGUUUGCUAAUAUAAGAACGUGUUAAUUUCGUAGGAAAAGUGUUGAUACUGAAAGACUAAUUAAGUUAUAUUGGAUUAGGACAAAAAUGCAGAAUGUUGGACAGUCUGAAAACCGUAAUAUCGAUAAGGUGAAUGUGCAACUUGAUGUGGUAAAAUCGUCCACUCCUCAGAGUUCGGCUUCGAGUCCGGCCAAAUCUGAAACCGAAACGUAUUCAGGUGCGCCUGCCAAAUACAUGACGGACUCUUCUGAAAGCGAGGAUGACUCUGUAUCCGAGAUCUUGCUGGCUUGUUUGUGCCUUAGCAGGCCAGACCUGUUGGCGGAGAUGGAGGAAGAAGGUGCAGGUGCGGAGUCAUCUAAGUUCCUACUGUCCCACGACGACCCGGAGCGGGCCGUCGACCCUGAGAUGCAGGCGAGACUCGAGGCACUCCUUGAAGCAGCAGGCAUCGGCAAGCUGUCGGGCGAGGGCAAACACCUGGCGGACCCGGAGGUGCUCCGGAGACUGACGUCGUCGGUGUCGUGCGCGCUCGACGAGGCGGCGGCGGCGCUCACGCGCAUGCGCAGCGACCAGCCGCCGCCCCACCACCGCCACCACCACCAGGACAAGCCCACCCAAUGCGGUUCAACGGCAACGGGUACGACGCCGAGCACGACGACGAGCGCGGAAGGCGCGCCGUCGCUGGCGGAGGCUUGUUCGGACGGCGACGUGGGCACGGUGCGCAAGCUGCUCACGGAGGGCCGCUCCGUGCACGAGACCACGGAGGAGGGCGAGUCGCUGCUGUCCCUUGCGUGCUCCGCGGGCUACUAUGAGCUCGCGCAAGUGCUGCUAGCCAUGCAUGCCAGUGUUGAAGACCGGGGGAUCAAGGGCGAUUGCACCCCCUUGAUGGAGGCGGCGAGCGCGGGGCACGUGGACAUCGUGCGGCUGCUGGUGGCGCACGGCGCGGACGUGAACGCCGUGUCGGGCUCCGGCAACACGCCGCUCAUGUACGCGUGCGCCGGCGGCCACGAGGAGUGCGUGUCCGCGCUGCUCGACAAUGGCGCCAACGUCGAGGACCACAACGAGAACGGACACACGCCGCUCAUGGAGGCCGCAUCCGCAGGCCAUGUGGGCGUCGCCAAGAUCCUCCUAAAGCACGGCGCCGGCAUCAACACUCACUCGAACGAGUUCAAAGAGUCCGCGCUGACGCUCGCCUGCUACAAGGGUCAUCUCGACAUGGUGCGGUUCCUGCUGGCGGCGGGCGCCGACCGCGAGCACAAAACCGACGAGAUGCACACGGCGCUCAUGGAGGCCAGCAUGGACGGCCACGUCGAGGUCGCGCGGCUGCUGCUCGACUCGGGUGCACAGGUUAGUUCCGUCAACAUGCCCACGGACAGCUUCGAGUCGCCACUAACCCUAGCGGCAUGCGGCGGGCACGUGGAACUGGCCAUGUUGCUGCUGGAGCGCGGCGCCAACAUCGAGGAGGUGAACGACGAGGGCUACACGCCGCUCAUGGAGGCCGCCAGGGAGGGUCACGAGGAGAUGGUAGCACUACUGCUCGGGCAGGGCGCGGCCAUCAACGCGCAGACGGACGAAACCCAGGAAACUGCGUUAACGCUCGCGUGCUGUGGCGGCUUCCUAGAGGUCGCCGACUUCCUCAUCAAGGCGGGCGCCGACGCCGAACUGGGCGCCUCCACACCUCUUAUGGAAGCCAGCCAGGAGGGCCACCUUGAGCUCGUGCGAUACUUGCUGAACGCGGGCGCGGACGUGCACGCCCAAACUCAGACGGGCGACACGGCGCUGACGUACGCGUGCGAGAACGGGCACACGGACGUGGCGGACCUGCUGCUGCGCGCCGGCGCCGAGCUCGAGCACGAGAGCGAGGGCGGCCGCACGCCGCUCAUGAAGGCGUGCCGCGCCGGCCACGUGUGCACCGUGCAGUUCCUCGUGGGCAAGGGUGCCGACGUAAACCGUGUGACGGCGAACGGCGACCACACCCCCCUCUCCCUCGCCUGCGCGGGCGGACACGCGGACGUAGUGAAGUUCCUGCUGGCCUGCGACGCCGACCCCUUCCGCAAGCUCAAGGACAACUCCACCACGCUCAUCGAGGCGGCCAAGGGCGGCCACACCGCCGUCGUGCAGCUGCUGCUCGACUACCCGCACUCCGUCAUGCUGUCCAGGAGCGAGACAGGUGUGGCCGGCGCAGGCGCCGCCGCGGCCGCCGUCACCGCCACGGGCGCGGCGGAGGACAGCAGCGGGCUGAGCGCGGCGCAGGCGGCGGCGCUGGGGCUGGCGCACGCGCCGGCGCCCGGCGCGCCCGCCGCGCGCGCGCUGCUGCCCGCGCACCCCGCACACCCCGCGCACGUGCCGCAGCUGCCGCCCGAGAUGGCCGCCGACCCCGUCAUGGCGCACGCCUACAUCGAAGGAUGGCGCAUGUCGGCGAAAGUUGACGGUACCGGUGCCCCAGCCGGAGCGGGCGCGGGAGCGGGCGCGGGCGCGACGGGCGGCAAGCACAAGUGCGCGCGCAAGCAGCGCGCCGCGCCGCCGCACCCCGACCACCACCUGCCGCCGCCGCCCGACAUCCUCGACGACCCGAGGACGACUGAAGCGCUAGCGAGUCAACCUCGCAACGAAUCACUGCCAGAGACUGAAAGGAGCCUGCUCGAAUUAGCCGAUAACCACGGUCCCCCGACGCUCGCUACGUCGGCGCUGCACGCGUUGGACCUACAGUUCUGCGCGCAAGGUGUGACGACCGUGUACCGGCCCACCACGCCGCCCUACCCGCCGCCGCAGCAGAUAUUCCCCACGCCGCAGCUCGCGCCCAACCUUACGCAGCAACAGCAACUACAGGAGUUACAACAACAACAGCUCCAGCAGUUGGCAGCGCAGCAAGCCCAGCAACAAACGCAGCAGCAGCCAGCGCAGCAGCCGCAGCAACAGACGCAGCAGAAGAAACAGCAGCAACCCCAACAACCCCAACCUGUUCAGCAGUAUUCGCAGGAACUGCAGAGGCCCGAAGCGUAUGCGCCACAGGCGGGCGCGGAGGGCUGCGGCGCGGUGGAGGCGCGCGAGCUGGGCGCGGUGCUGGCCUACCUGCAGCGCGAGGUGCCCUCGCUCGUGGCGCUGCCGCCCAACGAGCUGCGCUCGCUGGUGCUGCAGGUCAUGCAGCAGAAGUCGCACGAGAUCUUCUCGAGCAAGUGCACGGAGGCGGAGGAGGAGGGCGAGGAGCGGCAGGCGCGCCAGCUGCUCGCCGUGGCCGAGCAGGCGCUCGGCGCCGACUGGGCGCGUCCGCACCACCACCACCACGGCGACCAGGCGGUUAGCAACGGUUGCCAGUACCGCGUGCGAGGCAUCUCGCCGCUGGACCCCACGCUGGAGCACGAGCCGGCGGAGCGCGAGGCGCAGUUCGCCGCGCCGCCGCCGCAGCCCGCGCACCCGCCGCAGCCCGCCGACGACUACCGGUCGGCAACGUUUGUGCCACCGCACACGCCCGCGGUGACGCAACCUGCGCAGCCGCAGCCCGCCCAGCCCCACUCCAAGCGAGAACACCCCACCACUGGAGUUAAGAAAAAGGGGCGUUUCGCGGGCGGUUCCCGGGCGCGCGGCGGCGACGCGUUCGGCACGGCCACGCCGCCGCAGCCGGCGCCGGCCGCCUACUCCGCCAUGGACGUGGACGGCGAGACCGACUCCAACCACGACACCGCGCUCACGCUCGCCUGCGCCGGCGGCCACGAGGACCUCGUCGAGCUGCUGCUCAGCCGCGGCGCUGACAUCGAGCACCGAGACAAGAAGGGCUUCACUCCCCUCAUCCUAGCGGCGACGGCGGGUCACGAGAAGAUCGUGGAGAUCCUGCUGAACCACGGCGCGGACAUCGAGGCGCAGUCUGAGCGCACGAAGGACACGCCGCUGUCGCUCGCGUGCUCGGGCGGCCGCUACGAGGUCGUGGAGCUCAUCCUCAGCCGCGGCGCCAACAAGGAGCACAGGAACGUCUCCGACUACACGCCCCUCUCGCUGGCCGCGUCCGGCGGCUAUGUCAACAUCAUCAGGCUGCUCUUACACCACCAGGCGGAGAUAAACUCCCGCACGGGCUCAAAGCUCGGCAUCUCACCUCUGAUGUUGGCGGCCAUGAACGGGCACACGGCGGCCGUGCGUCUGCUGCUGGAUUGUGGCUCCGACAUCAACGCGCAGAUCGAGACCAACCGCAACACCGCGCUCACGCUCGCCUGCUUCCAAGGGCGGCACGAGGUCGUGAGCCUGCUCCUCGACCGCAAGGCGAACGUGGAGCACCGCGCGAAGACCGGUCUGACGCCCCUGAUGGAAGCAGCCAGCGGCGGCUACGUGGAGGUGGGCCGCGUGCUGCUGGACAAGGGCGCCGACGUCAACGCCCCGCCCGUGCCUUCCUCCCGCGACACCGCGCUAACCAUCGCCGCAGACAAGGGACACACCAAGUUCGUCGAGCUGCUUCUGCAGAGGCGAGCGGCGGUGGAAGUGAAAAACAAGAAAGGCAACUCCCCCCUCUGGCUGGCCGCCAACGGCGGUCACCUCGCCGUCGUCGAGAUGCUGUACGCGGCCGGCGCGGACAUCGACUCACAGGACAAUAGAAAGGUAUCGUGCCUGAUGGCCGCCUUCCGAAAGGGCCACACUAAGGUGGUCAAGUGGAUGGUCGGUGUCGUCACGCAAUUCCCCUCUGACCAGGAAAUGACGAGGUACAUCUGCACAAUAUCGGACAAGGAGCUGCUAGAUAAGUGCCAGGAGUGCGUGCGCGCGAUCCGCGCGGCGAAGGAGACGCAGGCGGCGCGCGCCAACCAGAACGCCACCAUCCUGCUGGAGGAGCUGGACGCCGAGCGCUGUCGCGAGGAGUCGCGCCGCCAGGCCGCCGCUCGCCGCCGGGAGCGCAAGAAGAAGAAGAAGAUGGAGAAGAAGGUCACCAUCAUGGAGGAACGGCGCAAGCUCCAAGCAGAGAACGACAAGAACUCGUUAUACUCUGAGAAGGCACUGGGCGAGUGCUCCGAGGGCGGCGAGCCCGACGACGAGCCGCAGGCCAAGGAAGAGGGCGACUCCGGCAUCGACGCCAACUCGCAGGGCUCAUGCUCCUCCUCGGACGUGAAGGCGCCGCCGGCCCCGAGCGCCAAGAGCAAGAAGAAGAGGAAAGACGAGAAAGCGCCCCCGCCCGCCCCGCCCGCCAAACAACCGGACAAAACGAAACCCAAACAAAUAGAGAGUAAACCAGAGAAAGAGAGCACUCCCAAACCAGACAAAAAGCAGGAGAAGGAAAACGUCGCUCCCAGCCCCCCCGCCACGCCCGUCAAGCCCGCGCUGCUGCCCGAGCGGCGGCCGCCCGAGAAGAAGGACAAAAAACCCGAAGAGGAUAUCCCUAAGAGCAUAACAGUACAGAACGUAAACAAAUAUGGCAGUAGCUCUAGAAAGAGUCAAGUGUUCGAAUCCUCGCGGCUCACGGCCGAGAAAGAGGACAUUGACCCGACUGACAAAAACAAAAAGACGCACGCCACGCACCAAUGGGAGUUGGAAGGCAAGAGUACGUCGCCAAAAGGCGGGUGCGUCGGCGGCCGGCGAGAGGAAGGGUGGAAAGAGGUCGUGCGCAAAUCUAGCGUGCAGACUAUCUCUACCGUCGAGCCUGGAUGCAAGAAAGUAUCGGUGGGCGCCCACGCCAUCUCGCGAGUGAUUGGCCGCGCCGGCAGCAACAUCAACGCCAUCCGCGCCGCCACCGGCGCGCACAUCGAGGUCGACAAACAGGGCAAGGGCCAGGGCGAGCGCAUCAUCACCAUCAAGGGUUCAGCGGAAGCGACGAAGCAGGCGGCGAGCCUGAUCGCGGCGAUGAUCCGCGACCCCGAGGCCGACAUCGCGGCGCUGCUGCCGCGCGCCAAGCUGCCCGCGCCGCAGCCGCCGCCGCUGCAGCCCAAGCAGCCCAAACAGGCGCCGCCCAAGCAGCAGCCGAGCGCGGUGCCCGCCGCACGCGCCACGCCGACCGCGCGCGCGCCCUCCAAGCAGCACGCCACCCCCACGCCCCGCGCACAGGCCCUCCGGCUCACUACGCACGCAGCGUCUAUAGUCGAGAAGCGCGCCACACCCGCGGCAACGGCGACCGCCACCGCGACGCCGGUGAAGUCAUCGCUGUCGUACACGGGCGCCAUCGUGGGCACGCGGAACACGUUCGCGGCCAAGCUGACCGCGCCGCCCGCGCCCGCGCCGCGCCGCCGAUGCCUACACCCGAGCCUAAAGCGCGCCCUAAGCCACAGACGAGCACGCCGCCCGCCGGUGCGCACGCCGCGGCCGCGCCGCCGCCGGCAGCGUCGCCGCUGCGCGCGCGCGACUCGCCGCCCGCUCGCCCCGACGAGGACAAGCGAGUGCCCGACGUGCCGCAGCUAAGCCCAGAAGCUCCAAGCCAGUGGAGCGAAGAAAACACUGCCAACCUGAAUUCAGCACUGCACAUUAAUACGACGCCACAGUCGAGCUGCGGCAGCGGCACUAGCGGCGGCGCGGCGCGGGCGCGGAGUACUCGC